GCUAUUUAAUAUUUUUUAGAGUGUAGACUGGACGCGGCUCAUAUGCAAAUGGAAUAUAGAAAAAAACCAGUUAUAAUUUUUUCUGUGUGUACCGAAGAGGCUGUUAAAUAUUUAAAUAUCGCUGAGAGCUAUCCGCGCUCAACAAACCACAACAUGCAUUAGGUUUUGUCACAAAAACUUUAUCGCCGCGAAACUAAUAUAAUGUGUGAUGUUAAUUAUUGAUACUUACCUGAUUAAAAUGAUAAGUUUUUAAUUGUUUACUCAGUCAAUAUAUACUUAAUAAUAUUCAAAUAGAUGUGCCUCCUUUUGGGCGUGCGUGCAUGUAGUGUGUGAUAGUUUUAACUCGGUUGUUUUUUUUUGUGUGUUUUUAUAUAAAAUUUUUUAAAAUGGACGAGGACGUUAGGGUAUCGGAACAAUUGUUAGAAAUGGACAGGGAUAUUCAAGUUACCAGAAGACUUUUGCCUAUGCCUGAUGGGACAAAGAAAAAAGCGGAAGAGGAAGAAGACGUAAUUUCUAAGGCGAUAGGCGAAUACGGAAGAUGGCAAUUACUUAAUACGUUUAUUCUUUCUCUAUUCAACGUACCGUGUACGUGGCAUAUUUUCGCGCCGACUUUUCACGUCGGCGAAAAAAGAAACGCUUGGUGUAAGAGACCGGAAAAUUAUAAUGAUGUCGAUAUUGAACAGUGGAUGAACUGCAGUGGACAGAGUGAAAACAAUUUUUGUGAUAUUGUAAAUGUGACGGGACUGAAUAAUAUAACGGAAUUGUGUGGAGCAGAUUUGGAAAUAUUGGGUCGUAGUAAAUGCUCGAGUUGGGAGUUCGAUGGAGAAGGAACUACAAUAAUUACGGAUUUCAAUUUAAUUUGUGGCCAAGAAAAUCUACAAAAUUUUGCCGAAAUGCUGUUUCUUGCCGGGGUAGCUAUCGGAGGUCUAGUCAGCGGGAUAAUAUCUGAUAAAUAUGGUAGAAAGAAAACAUUGAUGAUAUCGGUUACCAUACAAACAUUAGUCGGUACUUUGAUAGCUUUCAGUCCAUGGUUUCUCUUUUAUGCUAUUUUUAGAGCGGUCCUCGGAUUUGUUUCGGUUUCGGUUGUAUUCAGUGGUUUCGUACUCUCCUUAGAACUAGUCGGAGGUGAUUGGAGGACUAUAACAGGAAUAUCUUAUUUAUUUCCGGUGUCCGUUAGUUAUAUCACAGUUUCCGGUAUAGCUUGGUUGUUGAGGGACUGGAGGCACUUUCAGCUGGCCAUCUCCAUUCCAGGAUUUCUGUUCUUCACUUUGUGGUGGGUUCUUCCCGAAUCUCCUAGAUGGCUCUUAGCUUUCGGGAAAACAAAAGAAGUCAUGUAUAUAUUGAAACGAGCGUCGAAAUUCAACAACAAACCACUCCCAGCCAAUUUAGACAAACAGCUACAACCGAACCUCCGUUCGCCGUCCAUAGAAAACGUUUCGGUCUUCGACCUCUUCAGGACAUCUUCAAUGAGAAAAAAAACAUUCUGCCAAUUCGUUAUAUGGUUCAGUGUAUAUCUGGUAUAUUACGGAUUGGUGCUUAACCUCAGUAAUAUCGGCGGAAACUUAUAUAUCAAUUCAGCUCUUCAAGGCGCCGUGGAAAUCCCUGCGAUAGCUAUAAGUAUUUACAUACUUUUGAAAAAAGGUAGACGAUGGCCUUUAUCCUUAACGAUGAUGAUAUCGGGAGUUUCGUGUAUUUUGACGGUACCAAUUUAUUUCUUGAACAAAGAUCAACAAUGGUUAGUAACAUUAUUGAUCAUGAUCGGCAAGUUUUGUAUAAGCUCGUCGAAUGCCAUCAUGCCAGUUUUUGCUGCUGAAUUAUAUCCGACGACUAUAAGAAAUAUCGGCGUGGGAGCUGCGAAUAUAACGGCCGGAAUAGCUCUCAUGAUAGUACCCUACCUGUGGUUGUUGUCGUCGUUUCACACCAGCGUACCGAUGGUUGUUUUGGCAGGUUGUGGUAUACUCGGAGGUCUUUGUGUACUAAUCCUACCAGAAACCCACGGUGUUCCCCUUUCGAGUACCAUCAAAGAAGAAAACGAAAUCCGUAGGAUGUCUAUAGCGGAAGUACCCAAAAAUAAAAUGAACAAUAAUUGUUCUGGAUUGCAAUAACUUCUGGGAAGUUCUAUGGUACAAUAAAGUUACAGUUCGAAGUGAAAACGUCGAAAAAUAGGCAUUUUGUACUUACAGUGUAACUCGAGACUCUUGAGAGAAAUAAUUAUUUUCAGUGUAGGCUACAAUUUCACCAAAAAUAUUUAUUGAACACGUUGUAGAACUUUAUUCUAUUUAUUUUUUAUACUAUUGAUAUUAUCGGCACCAAUAUUCACCGUUCGCGGGUUUCGAUAGCAGAUUUAUCAUCUUCAGACACAGUUUGAGUCAACUCGUAUCGGUUAAAUAAAGCUGGACAAAAAACUUGACCCAUGAUUAACGUCCUGCAUUAUUUGGACCACCCACUGUUACUGUGGAUCAGUAGAAGGUGGAUCUAAAGCUCUAGGAGAAGUAAAAGUCAUUUUUUGUUCUCAUAACGUGGUGUAAAAUCGACUGUUUAGUUUUAAUAUGAAUUCCAAACACUACGUUUCGAAACAGUCGAUACAACAUAACCAAUUAUCCUAAUAUUGCAUUGGACUUACGUUGUUUCACCCUGUAUAACUAAUAAAUACUUCCGACGAAUAUGGUUGAGUUGAAAGAAGAAUUUUUUUAAUGAAAGAUUUAUAUAAAUAAUGAUAAAUAAUAUUUAACGAACUUUUUGUAAAAAUGUAUUAUAAUUUAAUAAAAUUUUCAUCAUCAAAUAU